AUUUUAGAUUUUAAAAAAUUGGGUUUUGGCUUAGGCUCCAAGACAUCUCUCUAUCUCCCUAUAUAAUCAUCAAAGCUCCCUCCUUUCACAGCAAACUCUUCAUUAACCAAUUCAACAACAAACAAAGCUAGAAAGAAAGAGAGACAGAGAGAUGGGAGGAGGAACAGAAGCUUUCCCAGAUUUAGGACGCCAUUGCGAAUUCUCCGAUUGCCGCCAACUCGAUUUUCUCCCCUUCAAAUGCGACGCUUGCCGUCACGUUUUCUGUGUAGACCACAGAUCAUAUAUAUCCCACGCCUGCCUAAAAUCCGACCGCCAUAGCCGAAAGGUAUUGGUGUGCGACGCAUGUUCGAUGUCAAUCGAGACCACCGGCUGCGGCGGCGAAGACGAGGAGAAGGCCAUAUUGCAGAGGCACCAGAAAUUAGGGCACUGUGAUCCCGCGAAGAAGAAGAAACCUACGUGCCCCGUGAGGCGGUGUAAGGAACCUUUAACCUUCUCAAAUACCACCGUCUGUAAGGGCUGCCAGAUUCCGGUAUGCUUAAAACACCGUUUUCCGGCGGAUCACGCUUGCAAAGGCAGAGCCACUUCAUCUCCGGCGCCGGCGCCGCUCAGGGGCGCCACCAAUAACAAGUUUCUGGUUGCGUUCGCUGCAAGGAACGAGAAAGAUUGUGGGAACAAGAGCCGGGAGUCUACGUCUUCUCCAACUACCAUACCUUCUGUUAAAGCUUUUUGAAAAAUUUAAUCUUUCUUUCAUUCCAACAUGUCACCAUUAUCAUCUGUAACCGUGGGAAUUGAAAUAAAAAGACUAAAAUACCUUAAUAAUAGUAAUAAUCAUCAUAGUCAUCCA